AUGCAACAGGCAAGUAACGCAUACACCUACGAAAUGCGUACAAUACAAUAUGACCAACCCACCAAUCCAUUGGCAGUGCAGGACGGAGAUAUGCAAACGGAGGGCAGAGUCAGCUGGGCCUAUCCAGAAGGAGUCGGAUCGGUCCAGGACUACAUCAGCACCCACCAGCUGGCAACGUACAGCGUCCGGGAUGUGGGCUGGAUCACCGCCAUUCUUGUCUUCCUGACUCUAUUCCUUGGUGUCCAGGUUGGACCUCUGUUUGAUCGAUAUGGACCGCGGAUUCUGUUGGUGGGUGGCUCGCUCCUGAACAUUGCCUCCUAUCUUCUGCUGGCACAAUGUAGAGUAUACUGGCACUUUGUGCUAUGCCUCAGCGUAUUAGGAGGAAUCUCAUCUGCAGUCGUUGCAACCGUCUCCAUUGCCGUGCUGAGCCACUGGUUUAAUCGUCGCCGGGCGCUCGCCUCGGGGAUUUGUAUGGGCGGUUCUUCCGCCGGAGGGGCCAUCAUCCCUCUGCUACUGCGCAAACUCUUCCCGCAAUUGGGAUGGACAUGGGCUAUCCGGACGAUUGCAUUUAUGGCGGCUGGCUGCUACACGGCCGGUAUCAUCCUGGUCAAAGGACGACUUCCUACCGGUCGUCGCAGCCGCGCGACCGUUGAUUUUGGGGCUUUCAGGUCUCCACGGCUAUGCUUCCUCGCUGUGGCAGUCUUUUCGUUUGAGUUCAUUAUUUUUGGCUGCGCAGCGCUGUUACCGACUUACAUCCGUUAUGCUGGUUUCCCUCUCGACGCCCAAUUCUACUCCCUCACCCUACUCAACAGCAUGAGCUUUUUGGGACGUGUCCUUCCUGGCUUAGCGGCGGAUCAACUCGGCCGGUUCAACAUUCUGCUGGCGCUCGUCGUCAUGACGCUUCUGGUUAUGAGUACCGUAUGGCUCCCGUUUGGCUCUCGCGGCCAGGCUACAUUAUACGCUGUCGUCGCUGUUUUUGGCUUUGGGUCUGGGGGAUGGCUGUCCCUGGCGCCUGUAUGUGCGGGCCAGCUGUGUCGGACCGAGGAUUAUGGGCGAUUCUACGGGACCAUCUACAGCGUCGCUGCGUUUGGGGCAUUGUUGACUGUUCCUGUUGGAGGAGAGUUGCUGCAGUCGACUACGCCGCAGGUGCUGAUCGGCUUCUACUCGGCAGUUCUCAUGGUGGGACUGGUGAGUGUAGUCAUGGCUCGAUGGGCCCUGUUGGAUUGGAGGUGGAAGUGGAGAGUCAAGCUGUAG